AUGCACUUGCACUUCGAGCGGAACAGCAACUGCAAGUGCGACUGCGCCGUGCUGUCGCUCACCUGGAUGGGCAAGGUCCCCGAGGAGCUGCCCGAGGACGAGGGAUGGAAGCUGAACCGCACCCACUACUACCAGGAGGGCUGGCUGGCGACGGGCAACGUGCGGGGCAUAGUGGGCGUCACCUUCACCACCUCGCACUGCAAGAGGGGCGCGGACUCCCCGCUGCGCACCAACUACAACCUGCGGGGCCACCGCUCCGAGGUGAUCCUGGUGAAGUGGAACGAGCCGUACCAGAAGCUGGCCUCGUGCGACAGCUCGGGCAUCAUCUUCGUGUGGAUCAAGUACGAGGGCCGCUGGAGCAUCGAGCUGAUCAACGACCGCAGCACGCCCGUCACGCACUUCAGCUGGUCGCACGACGGCCGCAUGGCGCUCAUCUGCUACCAGGACGGCUUCGUGCUGGUGGGCUCGGUGGCCGGGCAGCGCUACUGGUCCUCCAUGCUCAACAUUGAGUCCGUCAUCACGUGCGGCAUCUGGACGCCCGACGACCAGCAGGUGUACAUCAGCACGACGGGCGGCCAGGUGAUCGUGAUGGACGUGCACGGCGCCAUGGUGUCGCAGGUGCAGCUCAGCCCCGACGUGGCCGUCUCCGCCAUGGCCUGGUCCUGCGAGAAGUUCAAGAUGGAGGAGGGCGACGACGCCGACCUCGCGCCGCCGGGGGGCGGGACUGCCGCAGAUGACCGGGGCGCCGUGCUGGCCGUGGGCUUCGUCAACGGCUACGUGUACCUGAUGAAGAGCUUCGACGACGUGUCGCCGGUGCAGGUCCACACGGGGCUGGGCGGCUGCAUGCGUCUCGAGUGGAGCAACUCGCGCGAGCUGCUGGCCGUGGCGGGCAGCGUGCAGCAGCACCCCGAGUACACCAACCUGCUCAAGUUCUACUCCGACACCGGCGUGCUGCUCUACUGCGCGCUCAUCCCUUACUCGCAGUCGCCGGUGACGGCGCUGACGUGGGGCCACAACGACAAGCGGCUGUUCGUGGCGACGGGCUGCCAGGUGCACAUCGCGUGGGUGUCGCGCCGCAUCGCGAGCCUGCAGCUGCUGUGCCGCCUGCAGAUACACCGCGCGCUGCCGGGCGAGCAGCAGGUGUCGGCGCUGCCCCUGCCGCCGCGCCUCAAGGCGCUCAUCGCCAACCUGUUCGCGCAGACCGUGCGGUGCUGCGUGCCCGACGCGGCGGCGCUGCGCGAGUUCGUGUCGCGGCCGCCAGGCGGCAGCGUGCGCCUGCACUGCACCAUGAUCCGGCACGACGAGGACGCGGCCGCCAGCUCGGGCAGCUGCUACACGCUGUACCUGGAGUACCUGGGCGGCCUGCUGCCGCUGCUCAAGGGCAAGAGGACCAGCAAGAUCCGGCCCGAGUUCGUCAUCUUCGACCCGCAGGUGGACGAGUUGAUGGCGACGGCCGACUCCACGGACUCGGCCAAGAGCAGCGGCUCCUCGCAGAACGCGGCCAGCGACACCUCGGACACGGAGCGCGAGGACGGCUGCGGCAGCCCGCGCAUCCAGAGGCGGCGGCGGCGGCGCCACCGGUCGCAGCCCGGCGACAAGACGGCGACGGCGGCGGCCUCCGCGGCGGCGGCGGACAAGGCGGGGCCGGCGGAGGCGGAGCAGCAGGACGACCUCGCCUACGUCGACACGCUGCCCGAGCACAUCCGCCUGGUGGAGGUGACGUCCAACAUCUGGGGCACCAAGUUCAAGAUCCACGGCCUGGCCACGUCUGUGCCGGCCAACCUGGGCCAGGUGACGUACAAGACGUCGCUGCUGCACCUGCAGCCGCGGCAGAUGUCGCUGGUGAUGACGGAGCUGCGCGACGACGUGCCGCCCGACCCCGACCCCGCCUUCAACCCCAACCUGUUCUCCGAGGACGAGGAGGACUCUGCGGGCGGCGGCGGCGGGGGCGGCGGGGUGUCGGCGCCGCCCAUCGCGCCCAUGACGCCGGCCGGGUGCUGCCGCCCCGCGCCCGCCCUGGCGCGCGCAGAGUCCUACGAGGACGAGCCGCCCCCGGCUGGGCUGCGCGCCGUGUCCCCGCUGGAGGCCCCCGGAGACGUGCUGGUGGGGCGGGCCGCGCCCUCGCACUGCCCCGGCGAGGCGCACCGCGUCAAGGCCGUGCUGGCGGAGCAGGCGGCCGCCGUGAGGCUGGGCCUCAGCCUCAACCUGGAGGAGCGGCGCAGCGCGGCGGUGCAGCCCUCCGUGCACAGGCGCAAGGACAAGCACUGCGGCAGCCAGGUGGGCGCGGCGCCGCGGCGCGACGACAUGAAGUACAUCGACGACGACGCGCGCACGGAGCCGCCCACGCCGGACCGCGCGGCGGGCUCGCGCCGGGCCCCGGCGGUGGGCGUGGCGCCGCGCUCCCCGGCCUGCCUCGCGGACUCCAUGGUGCGCAGCUGCAGCGUGGGCUACCUGGACCUGGUGGACGCGCAGCUGGUGCCGUGCGAGGUGGCGCUGGCCCUGCUGCGCAAGGAGGCGCCCAAGCGCCUGGUGCUGGUGACCCGGCGCAGACCGCGGCGGCGCGGCAAGGAGCCCCGCGGCGCCUGCGCCAGGCAGCCGCGGCUCAGGCAGUGCGGCAAGAGCCGCAGCCUCGACUCCAGCGACCUGCUCCCCGCCGCCGCGGCGCCCGUGCCCCCUCCCCCCUGCUCCUCCUCCUCCUCCCGGGCCCCCGCCCCGGCAGCCUGCGACUCCUCCGAGACGGACGAGGGCCCCGCGGCGCCCAGGGGGCUCGCCGCGCUGGACUGCCUGGCGGGGCGGCGCCGGGACCUCGAGGACUCGCGGUCCCUGCCCUCCCCCUCGCCCUGCCCCUCGCCGCGCCUGCCGCGCAGCAGCCCCGCCAGCCCCGCGCCCUCAAAGAAGACCGCCAAGCGCAACCAGUCCUCGUCGCCCAUCAGGAAGCACCUGCUCAACUCGCCGCUGCUCUCUCGCCGCCAGAGGAAGAACAAGACGAUGGAGAGCUCCGACGACGAGGUGGUCCACUCCAGUGACGAGGUCUUCAACGGCAAGAACUACCGCGACCUGGAGAGCUUCCAGAAGGCACAGCUCCGGCAGAAGCUGAAGCGGGGCAAGUGCCGGCCGGACGCGCCCGAGGGCUGCCCCGCGCCGCCCGCCGGCCCGCGCCGCCGGGAGUUCGUCAUGCACAACAAGGCGCCCAUGUGGAACGAGAACAGCCAGGUGUACCAACUGGACUUUGGGGGCCGCGUCACGCAGGAGUCGGCCAAGAACUUCCAGAUUGAGUUCCGAGGGAAGCAGGUGAUGCAGUUCGGCCGCAUCGACGGGAACGCUUACACGCUGGACUUCCAGUACCCGUUCUCCGCGCUCCAGGCGUUCGCGGUCGCCCUCGCCAACGUCACGCAGCGGCUCAAGUGAACGCCCCUCACACAUAUCACGUUCGGGUCCGUCUGGGCGGCGAGAGACGGCAGUAUCAAUCAGGCUGUGAAGUGACAGUAGAGCGAGGACGGGCAGCAGCGAACACGACAACACUGUCCUGGAGUCGCGGCACGGCACGGCACGGCACGGCACGGCACGGCCCAAGGGUGGUCGUCACACCGCCCUCCUGCCGCCGGUGACACGGUGACACGGUGACACGGUGCAACGCCACAAGCCAGUGGGUGCAUUCCGAAUACAAGAGGCGGUCGGGUGCCCGAAACUGCUUAAGCAACUUCUCAACGUCACGAUGAUAACAUAACCAUGUUUCUCUCACAGCUCUAAUUUGUACGGACCAUUUCACUUUUAGGAACGAGAAACUUGUCCAAUGUUAGGAAUCGCUUUGACUUUAAAGCACACAGUUCUUUAUAAACACAGCGAGAGUAACUAUUCUGCAAUUGCUCAUGUGAACUAUCUGGGAUAUUAGCUCUAUUUCCCAACUUUUGGUUUCCUUACUUCUUUUUGUUUCUUCAAAUUAUACAAAAAAAAAUUUUUUUUUAACAUUUACAGUUAGUUCCUGUAAUUUUUUAUGGUGUCAGGUCUGUGAUGCUAUAAUAGCAGCAAUGUAAUUUAUACUGUUUAAAUAUAACAUGGCAAAAAUUUAUAAAGAAAAAUGCAUAGUCGUAAGUUGUAAAAGUUUCUUACCAUUAUGUAUUAUGUAAAUCAAUAUGAAGUACAUUGUUCUACAUGGUAGGCUUACCAAAGUAUACACAAAAAGUGAUUGCAGUAAUUGAAAAUUUACUAAAAAAAAAUUUUAAUCCUUAACAUAGCACAUCAGUCACAGUUAAAAGAGCAGCAGAAACACUGCUGUAAACGUUAAGUAAAUUAGAUGUUUUAUAUAGACGAAAGUUGAAGAGUUGAGAGUGAACGCUUGUUCCAUGCAGUGGUCAAGAGUAAUAAGAUGUUUACGUCCGUCCUCCUUCACACACAAAUAUUCACCGUCAAAAAAAAAAAACCUGCCAACAAACACCCCAAAAUUAAUUUGGUUUAUAUUUUGUACAUUCUGCUAGUGUAGUAGUACACCAGACUACAGGCUACACUGGGACUCAGUGGCUGGACGGAUAAAGUGAGCGCAACUAGCCGGAAUAGGGCAGGGGGCGUGGGUUUAGAUAACAAAGCUUUUUCAGUGUCAAAACGUAGCAAAUGGACAUGGCCAGAAACACACAUUGAAACAAGAGUUCAACUAUAAUCAAAUUAAAAACCAUUUGAAAAAAAUAAAACAAAGACACAAAAUGAAUAUGCAAAACAUUAAUCCAAACAAAUUAAGAGUUCUCAACCUGAAUGUAAAACUACUAAAUAUCAUGUAUUUUCUUAACCAGCAAAUAAACGUCCUUACUAUUAAGUCACCGAUGAUAUUCUAAAACCUACGUUCGACAGACUAUCUUGUGGACGGCUGUUGUGUUAGUCAUGUCGCACACGGCAUUUCCACAAGCUAGGCAUCUAUCUGAAAAAUAGUCUUACGUGACCUUAAGUAGAUUCCAGACUAAAUCAAUAUUUCAAUAGAAUUAAAUUUUACACUUUUCAUUUCAAUUUUUUUUUGUUUCACUGACUUUCUAUUAAAAAAUAUUAUAUGUAAAUACUUUGCCCCUGAUUGUAAUAUCAUAUAUACACAGGGAAACAAUAAUUUUUGGUUUCAUGUAGCUAAUUCAGGACAUCUGUAUUUUUUUUUUCUCUGCUACCUACCACAUUUAUGUAUGUAUAUAAACUGUUAUGUUUCGGAAAUAUUACUAACUAAUGUUAGCAGGAUUACGUGGGUACUACAACUUGUCACAUGUUAAGUAUUUAUAAAAGUAAUUUUUUAGACAAUGUACAUGUGUCGUGAAUUCGCAUAUUGAUCACCAGUGUGACAAAAAUAUAUGUUUUAUAUGUUCAUAGCUUUUUGCAAAGGAAUUUUAAUGUUUUAUAUAAACACAUAUGAUAUGUUUUUAUACUUCAUUUUUCAACAGCAGCUAUGAAAAGUUUUUCAAUUUCAAUUACAAUUACAAUUACAAUUUGGUCUAAUUUAUGGACAGCAGCUUGACUACUAUCUUGUAGUUGUGUUUAAAUAAAGAUAUGAAACGAAA